UUGUAGAGGGUCUAACCGCCGGACCCCGCCACCACCAACAGGCCCGAACCGCCUCGCCACCGCCCGCGCUUCCCCGCGCGCCACGGCCUCGGCCUCGCUGCUCUUGCUCCCUCUGCCCCCCAGCGACGCGCUCCCCGCGGCGACCGGGCGUCCCCAGGUGUCCCAGGAGCAGGCCCCCGCCCGCGCCGCGCGCGCGCCCAAUGCCCAGGAAGCGCGGUUUAUGGGCGGACGCGCCCGCUCCCUCCUCCGCUGGCUCCGUCACCGCUCCCGCCGCGUCUCCUCCUUCCACCUGACCACCAGCAACGCCAACGCCACCACCACCACUAGUGACCUCCGCGCUCACUCGUUCCCGCAUCAAGACCACGCGGACGAGGAGGGGGAGGGAGAAGAGGAAGGGUGGGAAGAGGUCGCCGAGGGGCCCGAGUCCGAGUCCGCGUCCGAGGGGUACAUCGUGUUGGAGGAGUGGGGCACGGGAACGCGCGCGCCGGUGCGCACGAAGCCGCCACGCAUGGACCCGAGCAAGAAGGAGUCUGACUUCUUCACAGAGUAUAGUGAGGCAAGCCGGUAUGAGGUCAGCGAGGUCAUUGGCAAAGGGAGCUACGGUGUUGUGGCCGCUGCUGUCGACACUCAGACUGGUGAGCGUGUGGCUAUCAAGAAGAUCGUUGAUGUCUUCGAUCAUGUCUCCGAUGCCACCCGCAUCCUUAGGGAGAUCAAGUUGCUCCGGUUGCUGCGUCACCCAGACAUAGUUGAGAUCAAGCACAUUAUGCUACCUCCUUCGAGGAGGGAAUUCAGGGACAUAUAUGUAAUAUUUGAACUGAUGGAGUCGGAUCUCCAUCAGGUAAUAAAAGCGAACGAUGAUCUCACACCGGAGCAUCACCAGUUCUUCUUGUAUCAGCUGCUUCGGGGAAUGAAGUACAUUCAUGCAGCGAAUGUUUUCCAUCGGGAUCUUAAGCCCAAGAAUAUUCUAGCCAAUGCUGACUGCAAGCUGAAGAUUUGUGAUUUCGGCCUUGCUCGUGUGUCAUUUUGUGACACACCAUCAGCCAUAUUCUGGACGGAUUACGUGGCAACUAGAUGGUAUCGAGCUCCGGAAUUAUGUGGCUCAUUUUUUGCAAAGUACACUCCUGCUAUUGAUAUUUGGAGCGUAGGAUGUAUAUUUGCAGAAUUGCUUACAGGGAAGCCACUCUUUCCAGGGAAGAAUGUUGUGCAUCAGUUGGAUCUUAUGACUGAUCUACUUGGUACUCCUUCAGCAGAAUCCAUCUCUAAGAUAAGGAAUGAGAAAGCUCGACGAUACUUGAGUAAUAUGAGGAAAAAGCCUCGGGUUCCGUUCACCAAAAAAUUUCCAGGUGUGGAUCCUAUGGCUCUCCAUUUGCUUGAGCGUCUUCUCGCUUUUGAUCCCAAAGAGCGACCAAGUGCUGCAGAGGCUCUUACAGACCCAUACUUUACUGGAUUAGCAAAUUCUGAACGCGAGCCCAUAGCACAGCCUAUCUCAAAACUUGAGUUCGAGUUUGAGAAGAGGAAACUGGCCAAAGAUGAUGUCCGAGAACUAAUUUACCGAGAGAUUUUGGAGUACCAUCCUCAAAUGUUGCAAGAAUACCUAUGCGGAGGAGACCAGAACCAGAUGAGCUUCAUGUAUCCAAGUGGGGUGGAUCGCUUUAAACGACAAUUUGCCCAUUUGGAAGAAGGUAUUGCAAAGGGUGAAAAAAACAGUCCACAGCUGCGGCAGAAUGUUUCCUUGCCAAGGGAAAGAGUAAUUGGCAAUAAACACGGAGAUGGUGAGUACUGCAUUAAGCUGAAUGUAGGUGAUAAGCCAUCGCAUGCAUCAGUGACGGAUGGCAUAAGCCAACCGCUCUUGAGCGCCAGGAGCUUGCUGAAGAGUGAAAGCAUCAGUGCUUCCAAGUGUAUAGGUGAAAAACAAAAGCAGGUCAGAGAUGAGGAAUCUCUUACCGAGAGCAUGGACGAAACAGUGAAUGAGGUGUCGAAGAAGAUCGCUCAACUGAAAACCUGAUUUUCUCAGGCUCACAUAAGCUGUCAUAUAUAGUUCGUACAGCAGCAUGUUGGUAGGUUCUCAAGUUCAGAAUGAGCCUACUACACGUAUCUGCAGCUAAUAAGACAACACGUUGUUCGAUAGCUCCGUUAUGAUGUAAAUUUGCCCCCAUCUUUUGUGUUCUUUUACUGCAAAGAGAACUGUCUAACGGACUGAAUAGCUCCUCCUCGUGUUUUCCUGUGUGUGGAGCAAUCACGAUCCUGUAAAUUUUUUCAGUUGGAAGCAAAUGCAAGUUUGCGAAAAUUUCCCCA